AUGAAUUCGACAAAUUCAUUCCAGACCAACCCACUAAAUAAAAUAAUAGGACUCUCGAUAGUAUUAUCUAUGGGUUUCCUUUUAGUUGUAUUAGCUGGUAUAUACGGUAAUUGGUUUCCAAUCAUAAUUGGGAUUGUCUUUUCAAUUGCACACUUGCCAGUGGCGAUAACUAAGGCAAUAACGAGCUCCAGUGAUUAUGAUUUUAACUUUGAUCCUAGCACCUCAACCACAAGUAGUUUCUUGAAAGAGUUAGGUCAAUUUCUAUCAGCAUUUUUGAUCGUCAGUGGCUUUGCGUUACCAGUUCUUUUGCAUCAUUCUCAUAUAUUGACCAAAACUGCCAUGAUAUUGACUAUAGUAGGGGGCAGUCUCAUCUAUGGAACGGUUUACACUUUUAGUCUGUAUUUUGACGAACCAGAAGAACAAGAUGAAGUAGCUGAUAUAGGAGGUGGUGUCAUUUAA